AUGCCCAUCGAACCCGACGCCUUCCUCCCGUCCGAACUCCCCGAACGACUUCAGCACUGGGCGGUGUCCCGGGACGGCAAAGUGCGCAAGGUUCCGUUGAAAUUCGAAGAAUGCCCGUUGAUGGAAAUGGCGCAGUAUAACUGCGAUGUGGCGGUUCAGGAUACAGGCGAUGCGGUGACGCGGAGGAUCGUAUGUAAGCCGGUGAUCAGGUUGUUUCGGAACGACGUGUAG